GAUCAAAUUACUUACAGUAACUUACUCGUAAAAGUAUUUUUCAAAGUAAAAAAGUAAUUUACAGUAAGUGUAGUUCUACCAGUACUAGUAUUUUAAACUUUUAAACAAGUAAAACGUCAGCAAUAUUUUGUGAAAUCGAAUAUUUAGUUCAUACUGUCGAGUUCUUUCCUGUUUUAUUUGUUGCGUUAUAUUAUUUGUUGUUUUACCUAUCAGUAUGACUUGAAUCAAGUCCAGAACUCAAAACUUCAGUUUGGAAGUUGGCUUCCGUUUUCAUGGAUCUGGCAGGAUUCUGGAUUCUGGCUUGUCACUCUCAAGCAAAAGGGCUCUCUCAGCUUCGCUUUUGCGGUUUCCCCUUUCGGACGGCUUGAUAUCCAGAAACUAAGACAGCGAACGUUGAUGUUCCAAGAUUGCCUUCCGCGAUGCGCUGCCUCCUUAGAAUGUUACUUUAAAAUGGAGAGUACCAGACCUAUCUUGGGAUUCCACGACCUUCUGGUGGUGUGCUUGUUUUAGGAGAUUGUUUAAGCAGAGUGUUUCUGAAACGACUAAACAUUUGGAUUCUCCCAACGGACGGGGAAAGUGGCAGUUUUUUAAUGCGUAUGUCGUUGAUUUGUGCUUCGAAAAUUAUGGACGAAGCACAGUCUUCUGGAGAAAUGUUUGGUGAUUCCGAAGAGGCUUCGACUUCAAUUUUACAAGACGCCUGUGAGAACGCUUUGGAAGCAUUUGAUCUGAUCUCUUUGCUGCCUGAAGAGUUGACUCUUCGAAUCUUUGCGUACUUGGAAGCCAAAGACAUUUGUCGAGCGUCGCAAGUGUGUCUCUCUUGGUGUCGGUUUGGAGAGAGUGAUCUUUUGUGGCGAAAUAAAAACAGGCAGCAAGGAUUCUCGGAUCGACGUGCAGACCUUCCGCUGCUGAAACAUAGUUUAGUGCGUAGAUUAACCAGGAGUUUGUGGAAAGUGAAUUUUGCACGGCAUUUUGUGGUAUCUCGCAAUUGGAGAUACGGUUCCACUCGACCAGUCAAGGAGCUACCAGCGCACCAAGGCCACAUGAUAACCUGUUUGUUACUGACAGAUGACAACAGAAUUGUUAGUGGCUCUGACGAUGGAAUAAUUAAAGUGUGGUCCGUUCAGCGCGGACAGUGUUUGUACACCUUACCCGGCCAUGAAGCUGGUAUCUGGGCGAUGGAAGUCGAAGGAUCUCUGCUUGUUAGUGCCAGUGUAGACCGUACCGUUCGGAUAUGGAACUUGGAAACUGGCGAAUUGGAUACCGUGAUGGUCGGCCAUGCACAAACUGUCCGCUGUUUGGCGCUGAAAGAUGGGAUAUGUGUUAGUGGAUCUCGGGAUUGUACAUUGCGCGUUUGGAAUGUCGGUCUGGAUGCCUGCAAUGAUUGGACCAGCAACAAGCGUAUGAACGGCUGCUUAGGAGUGUUGAUGGGACAUACGCGAGCCAUACGCUGUGUCCGUUAUAAUGGGAUCUAUAUUGUCAGCGGAUCUUAUGAUACUCAUGUCCGUGUUUGGCAUCCAAAAGAAUUUAUUUGCCUUAUGGUACUACUUGGGCACGCGGAACGACUAUAUGCCCUACAGUUCGACGGCGUCCAUAUUGUCAGUGGCUCUCUGGGGAAUACGAUCAGAAUCUGGGAUGUCAAGACCGGAGCAUUGAAGCAUUUGCUGGUUGGACAUCAGAUGCUUAGUUGUAAAGCCCGUCAGGAUGAACAUGUGGUGAUUACAGCCACCCCGGAUUCUGAAAUCCAUGUCUGGAACAUUCAGACGGGAGCUUGCAUACUAACUAUGGGAUCUGAUGUUGAGACUCGGCACAGCAGUGGUGUCACUAGCGUGUAUUUGGAUGAGACCUAUGUAGUUAGCUCGGCGGAUGAUGGUACCUGCAAGUUAUGGGAUCGCCGGACGGGUUCGUUUAUCCGCGAUAUUGUUCGGCUGCCGACUCGCGAGAUCGGCGGUGUUGUUUGGCGGAUCACAGCUAAUCAUAGCACGUUGGUAUGUGCCGUGGGUAGUCGCGAUCGGUCGAUAGCGGAUGUUCAAGAGACAAAGCUGUUGUUGUUCAAUUUUGAUACGGAAACUUAGCAUAGAGUAUUAUUAUUAUUCACUGGUCAGUUUAUCACGCCAGAAUGUUUCGCGAAGAAUUCCAAUGUUGUUGUGUGAUCGUUUGCUGCCUUUUUGUGCUUCUGUGUUGAACGUAUUUAUUUUGCUCAGUCAUGAUAUGGUUCGAUUUGGUCUCGUUGUUGUUAUAGUUGGAGUGCGGUUUUGUUAUUUGGUAGUGUUACCUUCAGAUCUUCGAGUCGUUGUUUUGAUUAUACUGCAAAAGACUUCCACUUUGUAAAAGAAAAAGAUGUUUUGAAAAGGUCUUUAGCGGUUAGUUUAAAGAAGUCAAAGAUUUCAAUUAAAUUUGAUGUUAUGUA